AUGGGCAAAAAGAAGCGCGGACACCCUGACAUCGAGGAGGUGCUAGCCCGCCCCUGGUGCUACUACUGCGAACGUGAUUUUGAAGACUUGAAGCUCCUCAUCUCGCACCAAAAAGCGAAGCAUUUCAAAUGUGACCGUUGCGGACGACGACUCAACACAGCCGGAGGUCUCUCUGUUCACCUGAAUCAAGUCCACAAGGAAACCCUCAGCCAGGUCGAAAACGCCCUUCCCAACCGCCAAGGACUCGAAGUCGAAAUCUUCGGCAUGGAGGGUAUUCCCCAAGACGCCCUGGAGCAACACCGCAACCGGAUCAUACAGAACUUCUACCAGGCCCAGGAAGACCGGCGCAUCGCAACAGGCAACCCCGCUUCGGGGCAGGCGAUGCCCAGGAAGAAGAUUAAGAUGGAAGCGUCGGCGGAUCUUCUGAAGCGAUUGGCCGAGUUUAGAGCACAGAAGAAGGCCGGGACUCUACCUGCCGCGUCGGAAGAGAGGAAUAAUACACCUCCCACGGAACAGGGAAACCAACAACACGAUGCUGCGCAGCCAACGUAUCCCGGCCAGCAAGCAUACGGCUACCUCGCUGAUUCUCUCCCUGCCCGACCUCCAAGCCACGGGCCCGGAGCGACUGGUCUGCCCCAGCGACCGCCCCAAGCACCCUACUGGCAGCAGCCGCAGGCAGCACCGGGCGACGACGUCGAUCAAUUAAUCCGCAUGGCCGAGGCGGGAGUCAGGCCGCAGCAGGUACAGGAAGCCGAAGACACGGUCGACAAGAAAGCAAAGAAGGAGAAGAAGGGCAGGAUGGUCUACGACGACGCCGAGUUCAGCCCGGAAGAGAGAAUGGCGGUACUGCCCCGGUACGCGUUUCUUCCACGAGUCGGCGCUUAG